AUGGCAACGAAACGGGAAUCUGACUACGACGACGAAGAUGACAACGACGACAACGUCUAUAUAAACGAGGAGACUGAAUUGGGUCACGGGAACGUGCUUGUUCAGCGAGCUCCAGAAGAACGAAUAGUGCCACCAUUGAAUUUUUGUCCCGUCGAGAGACAUCUAUACCGAUCUGGACAACCUUCGCCAGUAAAUUUCGCAUUUUUGUUGGAUCUGAACCUGAAGACUAUCAUAUGGCUUGCAAAUGAGGAACCGCAGGACACGCUCUUGGAAUUCUGCGAUAAACACGAAAUUCAGCUUCAGUUCGCGACGAUCAAUCCUGACGGAGGCGAGGACGACAAUCCCUGGGACGGACUUACAGAGCAUUCUAUUAUAAACGCGCUCCAGACCAUUGUGCGUGCAGACAAUUACCCGUUGCUGGUGUGCUGUGGUAUGGGCAGACACAGAACAGGUACCGUGAUUGGAUGUCUUCGCCGAAUUAUGGGCUGGAAUUUAGCAAGUGUUUCCGAGGAGUACAGAAGAUUUACAGGAAGCAGAGGUGGCAGGAUCUUAGUGGAACUACUGAUAGAAGCGUUCGAUACGCACUUAGUCGAAAUCGAGUCCGACAAAGCGCCUCAAUGGCUUUUGACUGCAUUACAAUGA